CGUUAAUUUAAAAUAUGCUUCCUCCACCAGAUCGUAUUAAUUAUGCAGAAAUGAGAAUACAAGUAAAUAUUAUUAUCCAAUUAAUAGAAAGUUCAAAUCCCUGUGUAGGUACCCAUAUUCAAACCAAUCUAUGUGGAUUACCCUUAUCCAAAUUACGUUUGGACUUAAGAUGCUCAAUAAGCCACUCUUUUAAGAGCUAAAUAAGGAAUGUAAACCAUCUUGGCAAACCCAUAAAUAAAAAAAUAUUUGAUUAAUGAUGAUUCAAGCGAAGAAUCCUCCGAUUCGGAGUCUGAGGAAGAGUCAUAAGUCUAAACUUAAGAAAAUAAAGCAACACUUUAAAAUCAAUAAUAAGUGGCUAAUAAUAAUAUAAAUGCAUUAAAUUAUGUUGUAUUUAUUAUUUAAUUAACAUAGAACGGUGCCCAAUAGUUCGUUAAUGCUAACUAAUAAAUUGAAGUUGGUUAAAACUAAUAAAUAAGACCUCCUAUUUAACUAGACUAUCAUGAUUCUGGCUAUCAAAAGAGUUAACUUCAGAUCAAUAAUUCUUACACAACUAAUAAAUAUCCCACAUCAAACAUAGUCUAGGGCAGGUAAAUAAUUUAUAUAAUUGUUUAGAAAUGAUACUACAGUGAGUAAAAAUAUAUCUAUGGGUAGAUAACAUCUUGAAAAGUUUAAAAGUUAAUUGAAUCAAAGCAAUCUCUUAAAUUAGAGACAGUAAUAAAACCCAUAACUCAAUACUUUCCUUUAAUGA